CCUCCCGCCUGCGGUAAAGCCAAUCUAAAAUUUUUGGUCAUCAGCCGAAAGUACUACAGAAAAAAAGGAAAGCAUGGAUGCGACGAAAACAAAUUCUACCACUGCAGAAGAAGGAAACUUUCCUGCGUUGGGACAUUCUUCUUUGCAAGAUUUUUCAAAGACUGUUUUACAAAAGGUAGUGUAUGCUACACAACGUGCUAAUGCUUUGGCAGGUCUAUCAGAGGAUUUUGAUUACUGGAAUAGUUUCCCAGACUUUCGAGAAUAUUCCACGGAGCAAGGAGCACGUGUAGUGAACAAUAUUGGUGAAUUGUUCCGCCAUCAUGCAGUUCAAUGUGCUUGGUCAUCAGGAACAACUUCAGUUAAAGAUGUUGAGGAGCGUUUUGAAAGACUUGUUGAUGCAAAUGAUAUAAUGUUAGAAAAUGUGGGAUCCCUUCUUGAUGAGGCUUCUGGUCUAAAGAAAAAUGACAAACCCAUAUUACCUCCUUCCAUGAAACAGAGCACUCCUAUUGUGUCAAGUUGGAAUAAAAGACAGGGCGAAUCUGGUGGAAAUAGACAAUCUACCUACAAACUUCUAAUGGCAAAAAAUAUAGAGAGACCACAGUUAAAAUGGUUAGAUAAGAUUGAUAACUCCAAUACACCCUUCAUGCCAUACUUGAAAAGUAAACCAAAUGCAGUAAAAGAACUGGAAUAUGAUGCAAUGGAAACAGAUGAUGUAGUUGCUGACUUUAUACACCAGCAAAGGAUAGGGGGGGAGAAAUAUGAUAAUAUAAAUCAUCCAUAUGUAUACGAGAUUUCACACUUCGAACUGAAUGAUUGGCAGUUAGAAGAAACGCCUCCACAGGUAUAUUCGCAAAUACAAGAAAUGUCUCUCUCCUAUGUUGAUUCACAAGUGCUGUUAGAUGAUAUGAUGAAUAAACUGAAGCAGGCCAAAGAAAUUGCCAUUGAUUUAGAGCAUCACUCCUACCGUUCAUUCCAAGGUUUUGUAUGUUUGAUGCAACUUUCAACGCGUACAGAAGACUUCAUUGUGGAUACAUUAAAGCUUCGAGACGAGUUACAUGUACUUAAUGAGGUCUUCACUGAUCCGGCCAUUGUUAAAGUACUUCAUGGUGCAGACAUGGAUAUUGGUUGGUUGCAACGUGAUUUUGGUGUUUACAUUGUAAAUAUGUUUGAUACUGGACAAGCAGCUCGAACAUUACAUGAAGAACGAUUUUCACUGGCUCACCUACUGCAUAAGUACUGUGAUGUAACUGCACAAAAGCAAUUCCAGUUGGCUGAUUGGAGGAUAAGACCGCUGCCAGAUGAGAUGAUCAGAUAUGCACGUGAGGAUACCCACUAUCUGCUUUAUAUUUAUGAUGUGUUACGAAAUAAGCUGAUCUCACAUGGCAACGAAAUGAAGAACCUGCUGAGAAGCGUUUAUUCGAAAAGUUCUGCUAUUUGUUCUACGAUUUAUCACAAGCCCAUGUUCUUUCCUGAUUCUCAUUUUGCCGUGUACCAGAAAUAUAGAGGAAGAUUGAACCCGAAACAGCUUGAGUGCUUAAGACUUGUUUAUGGCUGGCGUGACAAAACUGCUCGCGAAGAAGAUGAGAGUUAUGGUUACACUUUGCCGAAUCACAUGAUGUUUCAAAUUGCAGAAAAUUUACCAAAGGAACCACCUGGAGUAAUAGCAUGCUGCAAUCCUGUCCCUCCAUUAGUGAAGCAAAGAGUAAUGGAUAUACACCAACUGGUUUUACAGGCUAGAGAAUUUGAUCCAGUUAAGACACGGCCAGUUAUGACCGAAACAACGGAACAUAGGGAGCAGACUGACGCUACAGACGUUCUUCAAACAAAAUUUGAUUCUUCUGUGUUUCACACCAAAACCGGUUUUGAAAUAUACAAUAUCACUGGACCUCCUGUCACCAUAAAGAAGCCAUCGUUAACUGCAUUUGAAGAAAUGGUAAAGGAGCAUUUAGAAAUCACCGAAGGGAAAAGAAAAGCAAAAGAAAUAAUAUCAGUGCUUAGAAGUCCGUUUGAAAUGUAUUUACCCAACACAGGCAAGGAAGCUGUCAAUCCCAACGUUAUUAAUCAAACAUGGCAGACGGCUAGCAAGGAAAAAUUAGUUGAGCAGAACGAGGAAUUAAUUCUUGUAAAAGAAAUUCCAAAAAAAGAAAAAAGGAAGUCGAAUGAGAUGAUUACAUCCGAAGAACAAACUUUGAGAGAAAUGCUGCCAAAGAAGAAAAAACAUAAACAGAAUUCAGAUAUUACAUCGACGCAAAAACCGGUUGAGAAAGUAACAUACGACAAAACAGUAAAGAGGUCAUCAGACUAUGUGCCUUUUAAUUAUUCGAAAAGCGAUUUAAAGAAAUUUACGUCUGGCAAAACCUUAACGCCGAUGGAAGUAAUCGAAGUAACGGAAGAACCAAAAUUUGGGAAAGUUGUUCGUACGAAAGUUCACUCGAAAUCUGGUGCACGUUCCAUGACGUACAAAUAAAAAUAAUAUAUGAUGGACAAUUACGAUUGCAGAAUCGCGUACUAUGUUUUUAUAUUUUUAAUACAUUAUACCUAAUCCAGAAUCGCGUUUUUGAUGUUCAUGUAUGAUCGAUCUGCUUAGAAA